AUGGCAAGAAAUGAAUUUAGUGAUUGUCGAGAUCCAAGUGGGAAAAUAUCAUUGUUUUAUUUAGCAUUGAAAAAGAAACAAAUAUUGAUUGGAUUAUGGAGAACUGUACAUCAUGCGGAACAACAGAAAAUGUUGAAAUUUUUAAAUAAUGAUUUCACACAACAUCGAUGGAAAUCAGCUGCUUUGAAAAAUGCAUUUGUCUUGUUGGGUAAACAUAGAUAUAUUGAUGCUGCAUAUUUCUUUUUAUUAGGGGAUUCACCAUUGGAUUGUUGUAAUAUAUUAGCUAAUAAAUUAAAUGAUCCAACUUUGGCUAUAGCUAUUGCUAAAAUCUAUGGGAAACUGAAGAUUAAUGAUGAAAAAAAUGAACUUUUAUAUCAAGUUAUCGAGAGAUAUGUUUUACCAGAUGCUAUUAAGAAUGGUGAUAGAUGGACUACAAGUUGGAUUUUUUGGCAAAUCAAAGAAAAGGAAUUAUCUAUUCAAGCAUUAAUUAAAUCACCAAUUGAUAUGGUUUCCAAACAUUCUAAUUUUGAUAUACCUAAAGAUUUACAAGUAUCCACUAAAGGACAAAGUUUCUUACGUGAUGAUCCAGUAUUAAUUAUCUUGUUCAAUGAUUUAAGAAAUAAAAAAAUCAAUUAUCUUAAAGGAUCCUUAAAUAUAUCCAAAGAUGAAGAAUUCCAAUUUAUUAUUAAAGUCUGUAUGAUUUAUACAAGAAUGGGGUGUGAUUAUUUGGCUUUAGAAUUACUCAGAAACUGGACAUUUGACACAAAGGAUGAUGAUUUAAAGAAAUCUGAUCAAAACAAUGGAGGAUAUCUAAAUAAAGAACCAACACCAUUAUCAUCCGUAGCUAAUCUUAAACCACCAAGUUCACAAGCAUUUGAAGAACCCGAUAUGAGUUCAUUUGAUUUUGGAUUUUAA